AUGUCCUCGUGGUGUGUGAUAAACGUAGAAAUCAGUACAAAGAAAAGCACACCAACACUCCACAAAGUAAAUGUCACGCUGCUGAAUGAAACAAGUAAAACAGCAAUCAAAAUGGUAGCAGCAGCAACAACCAUGCAGUUCUUUCCAAAGGAUAACUCAGCACAAGUAGAACACAGUACAAAAAAUCCAAAUGGUAUCAGCAGCAACAACCAUGCGGUUCUUUCCAAAACACAGCUCAGCACAAAUGCUCGUGUUGACAUCAUAGCCAUUCAGCCUGCUGUGGAGGAUGCUGUUUCAAAUGAAAAACAUGACAACGAACAAAGAUCUGAAUGUGAAGAUCAGCAUACCUCCUGCCUUCUGAAUGGUGAACCUCACUCUGAAGUCUUCCACAUUGAAGAAACAGUUAUGCACCCAGAUCAGGAAUUUGAGCAAGGUGCUCUUUUAGAAGAGGAAGAAAAAGCUAAUGCACAACCAGAAAGUGUUCCUUCCAGUGAUGCAUUAUACAGUAGCCUGAGACUGGAAAGAGCCUCAUUUCCUAAACCUGUACCCAGCCUUUACAGAAUCCCAAGAACUGGCAGGGAAGUUCUUAGAAGAGGUCCUCGUAUGCUGCUGCCUGUGAGACCACCACAUCAGAAGCACAGUGAAGUCUCUGUUGCCAUCAACCGUGCUCAUCCUGCUAUGGAUAAGGAAACUGCAUUUAUGUGGGAAGAAGGAAAUGGUGCAGAGCAAAAUGUCUCUAGAGAGCUACCUGUCUCAUUACUUGGAUUUCAUGAUGCAUCUCCUGAAAAUCCGGGCACUAAAUGUGAUACAUUUCCAAAGCAGAGAUCAGACAAAGAUCUGCAGUUGGAAGAAGAGGAGAAAACAAAGGAUAUAUCACAGACAGAGAGUGUUGCUUCGGGACACGCACCUAAACAUGAAAGAAGCUGGUCCACUGAAUUCAAGCACAGACUUCACAGAUUCCCAGGACCUGGCAGAGGAAUACAUAGGAGAGGGGCUCGUGUUCUUCUUCCUAUAAGGCCAUCACAGCAGGACAACAACGUUGCAGUAACUUUGGACCACUCAACUAAUGUGCAGGAUGAGAAACUCAGUAGCGACCAGGAGUCAGUUAAUUUAAAGGUAUGCAGCACUGCAGAUCUUUCAGAACAGAUGGUAGAACCGGAGUAUGACGCUGGACGAAAAAAUCCCCAACAAAUCAUUGUAAAUGAAGGAUCUAAAGCUAAAAUCCCUUGCUCCAGAGAAGAUGCAGAAGAAGACGAAGCAGCUUUAGAAACCACGCCCUUUCAAAUGCAAGAUCUCCAUGCUGCACUUAGUGAAACUGACAAGGCAUUGCCAGAGCUUCAGGAUUCUGAUGCAUCCAUAAACAACUCAGGCAGCAUGCACACUAUGCAGGUUGAUGUAAGAGGGACUUCAGAGGAAGAACCAUUAAACACAACUGACUCUGGUGAUGGACCUGCAGUAAACCUUAAUGCAGAUCAUUCUGUGCUGCAUGAAGAAGAAGAAGAGCAAACCUUCAUCUUGACACUUGUGGAAAUUCCAACUUGCUCACUGGAUGGCUAUGAUGCAUUAGUGACAAACUACGCACCAGUUCAGGAGCAGUUUUUGCCAUCUUCUGUUAUUGUUAAUACAGCCUGUAGUGGUGAGAUGGGCAUGACAGAAAUACAGAGUUUGAACAGAACCAACCAUGAAGAGUCAGUGCAGCCUGAAGAUCAGACUACAUUUGAUGUAACAGAUGAAACUCCAGUAUGCUCGGUGAAUGAGAACCCUGCUGUUACAGUAAUAUUAGAUGGAUGUGGCACUGAGGACUUAAAAGAAUUCACAUCAGGUGUUCCUACAGAUCCAGAUACAGCCACCCAUUCGGAGGAUCCUCUGGAAACAUGCAGAAACAAUGUGAAUGUCUAUGGAACUCCAUCUGAUGAGACCAGUAUUUCUAUACAGAAACCUUUGACUACCUCUCCAGCUUUAACUGAAGCUCCUGGACCACCAACACAGUCUAGGGAGCAAAUAGAAUCUCCACAGAAAGUGGAGGCUGCAAUAAAAGACUCUAUUUCUGUGGCACAAAGUAACAGCUCUUCGAGUUCUAAACCUCAGAAAAUUACCGAGGCACUGAAAAAUCCACAGACUGUAGUAGAUGCACAGAAUUCGCAGAUUACAACAGCAAAAACCUCAGAAAGGAGAAUCAGUUCCUGUAACGUAGCACCAGUUUUACCAAUGUUUUCAAGGACACCCUUUUCACGAAAGCAGAGUCAAAAACCUCUGGGAUUUUUACCUUUUCUUAUCAAAACUAAUGAAGAUGAGAAGACCAGCACAGAAUCUGCAAGUCAACUGAAUAAACCUGUAACAGAUUCUGUAAAAAGGCCAGUAAAAAGAACUGCUACUACCACUCAGGAUGAUACAGAACCAUCAACUUCAGGGCCCAGUCCUGCAAAGAACAAGCGUCCUGCAAAGAAUAAGCGUUCUGCAAAGAACAAACGUUCUGCAAUCAAAGAGAGCCCAAGUCUAGAUGACGAUGUUAUUCUCAUUUCUGCAGAGAGCAAAACAGUGUCUCAUUCACACAAAGCUAAGAAGGAUCUUGAAUCAGAACCAGAGCCCACCAGAAUCUCUGAAUUCUUUAUCGGUGAUAUAUUCAUGGAGGUAGAAGAAUCUGAAUCAGCUGAAAAAAAGAACACGUGAAAAAAGUACUUUUCUGAGGUCAAACAGUUGCACUUCAAAUCACUGAUAGCUUUUUGGGAAAUUUACAAACCUAAGAACGAUUGGAUUAUUUUCAUUUAUCAGUAGCAGUAUAAGAUGAUAUGCAGUUCAAUCCUGAAAGAUUCUUCCCAAUGUUAUAUGCAGGAGCAGGAGCGGCCUUAGAUUAACUGGUGCCCUAGGCAAAAGGGCUUAACGUACCCCCCUACACCACCCCUUUCCCCCAUCCUGGUCUGCCUACACCAAAUAAAUACUGGAAAAGCGCCCCUGCUAGAGCGGCACCUUAGGCGGCAGCCUAGUUGGCUUAUGCCUAAGGCCGGCUAUGUGCAGGAGCAAGGCUACAAAAGUGUACAGUAUGUCUGCAUUCAUCUCUUGGCCCUUCUCAGGUAUCAGUUUUGCCAAAACCAUACAAUGCCAAAUCAAAAAGGUACUGUGAUGUUGGUCAACCAUAUUAUUUUUCACCUCGUUGCCUUCAGAUACCCUUCUCUUGGUGUGCAAAUGGCAUAUUACCUUCUUAUUAUGCUGCCUUUUGCAUACCAUCAUUAGCAGGUCUGUGCUUUUUCUUGCAUAUGGAUACAUUUAAACUGCUUGCUUAAUGUAGGAAUUGGUGGCAUCCUUUAUAAUUUGAGUGUUAGAUUCCCCUAAGAAGCAAGUCUGCCUUUAUUUGUUUUAUUAUUGUUUUUAACAUGCAACCAAGAUAUUUUAAAUCUUCAAGAAAACCACGGGUUAUGAGGCUAAAUGUUGUGGUAUCAAAAAAAUUAUUUUCUAAAAUAUGUUAAUAAGCAAGCAAAGGUUGCUGAAGUGAAUUGGUUUCUAAAAUGUAACUUUUCCUAGAAAGUUGUGAUAGUUCAUUUAAAUUAUAAAGUUUAGUUUUUCCUAAGUUAUCUACAUAGUCCACUACUGAUACCAGCACAUUUACUUGAGACUAUUUCCUGUGAGUAAGUAAUUAAAGUUACUUUGAAUGGGACCUGCUAGUAAGUGGAGCAAAUACCCAUGAAACAAAACCAUUUAUUACACCAACUUUACAACCUGAAGAGUAAUCUGUUCCAGUCUUGUGCUUCUCUUUCUGUUAGCAAUUGUUGCCAGUUUUAUGGUGAAAUGAGACCUUUUGGUAGCUGUGGUGAAAAAUAAUUUAACUUAACAUACAGGAAAUUUAAGAAAUAUUAAUUCUUCAGAAUGUUUUUGUCCAUAGAAUACUGGACAUUUAAAUUAAAAAAAGGUGGUAAAGUUUUCAUGCAAACUAAAAGGUAUUACUGCUUUUUUAGUAUUUUUGUAUAUGAAUAAAAUGAUACACAUUAUGAUGAAUUCUGCAUUUGUUUACCUUUAUGAGCUUUUUAAAACCAUCCUCCCACCUGGUGUUUAUCAUACUUCUGAAAUGUCCAUUGUUAGAACUGUAUCAGCAGUGAUAUUUGUUAACUCCUAAAAAUAAUACCAGCAUCAGUGGUGUUUGGUAUCUGUGGAUGUGUAAAUUUCGAGGCCUACAGUCUCUAAUCCUGCAUCCCUGUGAGACUGUGCUCUGUGUUAGUUUUCUGUUGCAGCCAGACUCAUGAUAAAUGCUUGUAAUAAAUACAGCAUUGUUUCAGUGCAGCCACGUGCUCAUUUCAGUAUUUUUCCCCACUACUGGACUAUCUAGUAUGCUACUGCAACUCCCUGUGAUAAGUUUGUUUCUUCCUCAAGCUUAACCUAUUUUCUAAUGAAUGUUUGGCAUGGUGUGCUUUUUUCUUUUGUAUGCAGUUUUUAUUAGUGGCCAACAGCUGCUGAAUUGGUAUGUUUUUUCCCCGCUCUAACCCUUCUAACACACAUACAGGAUCCCAUAUUUAUAUUCGUAGACAUAUAGUUUUGCAUGUGCUGCACACUAGUUUGUCACUGUCUGGUUUUCAGAAGACAAAGUAGCCUCCCUGGGUAAGUGUAUAUUUUUUAAGAAAAAAAAAUGAACUGCAUCUUUUAGGUAGUUGAACUUAUUGUAUCAGAAAUCAUGAAAUGUGAUGGUGUUUCUGUAAGGACCCUUUUGUUUUAAAUUACUGACUGCAGUGCCUUGCACAUCUUAAAUGGUUAGAACUGUGCAAUGGAAGCCACGACUGCUCAGAAAAGUUGUAUUGAAGUAAUAAAGCACAUAAGUGAGUAGCUGGUUACAAAAGUAAAGAUGCACAAAAUGUUUUUGUGCUAAUUCUUUUUCUGGCUGUUCCUUAGAAAUGAUUAUGGGGAAGAGCUGAAUAACUUAUUGUGUAAUAAAAGGUUUUUGAAGCCUUUACAACAUAAAAUGCCUUUAAAACUGCUUUACUCUUCCAAUUGAGGAACCAUGAUUUUUUUUAGAACAAUUCACUGUUCUACUCCUUAAUGAAGGUCUUAACCCUGUAAUGCUUGUAAAUUCUGUGAAUAAUAAAUGGUUUUAUAUAUCA